AUGGAUGCGCAGAUGUUUGUGAGCACUCACUACGCUGGGACAAGUGUGUCCAUUAAUUUUGAAAAAGGGGAGACUUACAAGAAGGUGUUUGGCCCUGUAUUUGUCUAUCUCAACUCUGCUUCCAGAAAUAACAAUAUAGACACACUCUGGUCAGAUGCUGUUCGACAGUUCAAUGAGGAAGUCAGAAGCUGGCCCUAUGAUUUCCCUCGAUCUCCAGAUUUCAUUCUACCCAAUCAACGAGGAACAGUUGCUUAUGUUGGUCUAGCUCUGCCUGGAGAAAAUGGAUCAUGGCAGAGAGAGAGCAAGGGUUAUCAAUUCUGGACUCAAGCUGAUGAGAAUGGCUACUUUGAAAUCAAAUCCGUUAUACCAGGGGAUUAUAAUUUGUAUGCCUGGGUUCCUGGCUUUAUUGGUGAUUACAGAUACAAUACUACAAUCACCAUCAAACGAGGCGGUGUUAUUAAAUUGGGUUCACUUGUAUAUCGUCCUCCAAGGAAUGGUCCUACCAUAUGGGAAAUUGGUGUCCCAGAUCGCUCAGCCGCAGAGUUAUACGUACCAGACCCUGACCCUAAGCUCGUGAACAGAUUGUACCAGAAUGAUGCACGAAACAAGUUUAGACAAUAUGGGUUGUGGGAACGUUACACUGACUUAUAUCCAGAGAAAGAUCUAGUUUAUAAUGUUGGCGUGGAUAAGCACGACAAGAAUUGGUUUUUUGCUCAUGUUGCCAGAAGGACAGGAAAGCAGACAUACCAACCGACAACAUGGCAGAUUAAGUUUGAACUUGACGAAGAAACAUCAUCAGGAAACUACACGUUUCAAGUGGCCUUAGCAUCAGCAAAUGAAGCCAGGUUGCAGGUUUGGUUCAAUGAUGGGAGAGACGUUGAUCCACACUAUGAGACAGCAAGGAUGGGAAAAGACAAUGCGAUAGCGAGGCAUGGGAUUCAUGGACUGUAUAGCUUGAUCAGUAUUGAGGUUGCAAGUGAUCGAUUUAAGAAGGGAAACAAUAUUAUCUAUCUGAAGCAGUCAGAAGCCUCGGACUCAUUUCAGGGUGUUUUGUAUGAUUAUCUACGUUUAGAAAGACCUCCCACAGGUGGAAGGAUGUGAAUUUUAUAUAUAUAUAUAUAU